AUGGCAAAGAGUCUAUCUCUAUCGCAAGCUACCAAGGAGCAUGUCCUGGCUGUUAACCGGGACUUCAUAUCCCAGCCCCGUCUCACUGGUACCAGCGCUGCCUUAGUGCUGCUUAGUGCUGUAGUGCGACUGCAGUCCAUGAGGCUUCCUUACAAGACAGUGUCUGGUGUGAAUGGACCUCUUGUCAUCUUGGAUGAGGUCAAGUUCCCCAAGUUCUCUGAGAUUGUACAGCUGAGGCUUGCAGAUGGCACCCUCCGCUCAGGACAGGUACUCGAGGUCAGCGGCUCCAAGGCCGUCGUCCAGGUAUUCGAGGGUACGUCGGGUAUCGAUGCGAAAAACACUCUUUGUGAGUUCACCGGUGAUAUUUUGCGUACUCCCGUGUCGGAAGACAUGUUGGGACGUGUAUUCAACGGUUCCGGCAAACCCAUCGACAAAGGUCCCCCAAUCUUGGCCGAGGACUACUUGGACAUCCAGGGUCAGCCCAUCAACCCCUGGUCUCGUAUCUAUCCCGAGGAAAUGAUCCAGACUGGUAUCUCCGCUAUUGACGUGAUGAACUCCAUCGCCCGUGGUCAGAAGAUCCCCAUCUUCUCUGCUGCUGGUUUACCCCACAACGAAAUUGCUGCCCAGAUUUGUAGGCAGGCCGGUCUUGUCAAGAUCCCCGGCAAAUCAGUUCUCGAUGAUCAUGAAGACAACUUCGCCAUCGUGUUCGCCGCUAUGGGUGUCAACAUGGAGACUGCUCGUUUCUUCAAGCAGGACUUCGAAGAGAAUGGUUCCAUGGAGAAUGUGUGCCUGUUCUUGAACUUGGCCAAUGACCCCACCAUUGAGAGAAUUAUCACACCCCGUUUGGCUCUUACAGCUGCCGAAUUCUUGGCUUAUCAGUGCGAGAAACACGUGUUGGUCAUCUUGACUGACAUGUCCUCGUACGCCGAGGCUCUGCGUGAGGUGUCCGCCGCCCGUGAGGAGGUACCCGGACGUCGUGGUUUCCCAGGUUACAUGUACACGGAUUUGGCCACAAUCUACGAGCGCGCUGGACGUGUAGAGGGCAGGAACGGCUCCAUCACUCAGAUCCCCAUUCUUACUAUGCCUAACGACGAUAUCACUCACCCUAUUCCUGAUUUGACUGGUUAUAUUACUGAGGGACAGAUCUAUGUAGACCGUCAGCUCCACAACAGACAGAUCUACCCACCGGUGAACGUGCUGCCAUCUCUGUCACGUUUGAUGAAGUCCGCCAUCGGCGAGGGCAUGACCCGCAAGGACCACUCCGACGUAUCUAACCAGCUGUACGCUUGCUACGCCAUCGGUAAGGACGUGCAGGCGAUGAAGGCCGUCGUCGGUGAGGAGGCUCUGACGCCCGACGAUCUCCUCUACUUGGAGUUCCUCACCAAGUUCGAGAAGAACUUCAUCUCGCAGGGCAACUACGAAAACCGCACAGUCUUCGAGUCCCUUGACAUCGGUUGGCAGCUCCUCCGUAUCUUCCCCAAGGAGAUGUUGAAACGUAUCCCAGCGUCCAUCCUGGCCGAGUUCUACCCCAGAGACUCCCGCCAUUAA